AUGCCAGAUGAGGUGAUGCGAGGAGGUUUUCGGUAUAUGACGGCUUUCCUUGUCACGGACAGCGGCACUUACGUCAAUGUCACGGAUGUGCAGCUUGAGAUAAGCUUCCAGCCCACGUGGUCGAACCUAGAAGCUUAUCAAGGGUUUUUCGAUUCCAACGAUGAAUUGCUGAACAGGAUUUGGUAUGCAGGCGCAUAUACGCUCCAGACGAACGCCGUACCCACCAACACGGGACGUUGGGUCCCCAUGCUCGCGAACGGGUGGGCCAACAACGGCACUCUGGGUCCAGGCGAUACCAUCAUCGUUGAUGGAGCGAAACGAGACCGUGCGGUAUGGCCAGGCGACAUGGGCAUUGCUGUUCCCUCCACCUUUGUCAGUACCGGGGAUCUCGCCAGCGUUAAGAACGCACUGCAAGUCAUGUUCGACUACCAGAAUCCGGAUGGUUCAUUCCCUGAAGCUGGCCCACCGCUUUUACAGCAAAACAGCGAUACGUAUCAUAUGUGGACAAUGAUCGGUACAUAUAACUACAUGCUAUACACGGACGACGCAGCCUUUGUGCAGAGGAACUGGGCCAAGUACCAGAAAGCUAUGAAGUACAUAUACGCCAAAGUCCAAGUCGAGACAUCUGGUCUCCUCAAUCAAACAGGCACCAGGGACUGGGCGCGCUGGCAAACUGGUUUCAACAAUACGGAAGCAAAUGUCAUUCUAUACCAGACUCUGCAAACCGGUGCUAAACUCGCUACAUGGCUCAACGAAAGCAGUUCCAACAAUUUAGUAGCAACUUGGACGUCGCGCGCCACCGCCCUUCAAACAGCCAUCCUAACCCACUGUUUCGACUCCACCUACGGCGCCUUCCGCGACAACGCCACACUCACCACCCUCCACCCUCAAGACGCAAACAGCAUGGCCAUCCUCUUCGACCUCAUCCCACCCUCCUCCCAAACCGCCCAAGACAUCUCCACAGCGCUCACAAAGAACUGGACGCCCAUCGGCGCCGAAGCCCCCGAACUCCCCGGCAACAUAUCGCCCUUCAUCUCCAGCUUCGAGAUCCAAGCCCACUUCACUCUCACAAACCCGACAGGUACAACCCGGGCUCUCGAACUCAUCCGCAGAAGUUGGGGCUGGAGAGGGGGUAUGGGUAUGAUCCGAGUUAUGUGA